UCCUGAGGUUGUGUCUGCUGAAGGCUGCUGCCCGGUCUCCUUAUCCCUUUUCGUUGCUAUUCCCCAUUUCGCAAGACGCAACAGGGGUCAGAUCAAGUGCCCAGGGGUACAAAAGCAGCAUGCCUGUCUCAGACGAAACUAUAGUUGUAAGAUUACGAGCCCUUCUUGAGGAGGUAGACCUACAGACAACGUCUGAAAGGAUACUUCGCGAAACUAUCGAGGCGGAGUUGAACGAGGAUCUGUCUGAGAGGAAAGCACUCAUCCGUGAAGAGGUGCAAACGUACCUCUUGAAGCAACAAGAGGCCGAGGACGAAGAUGCGGAGGAAGGUGACGACGCCAAAGAAAAUGGAGAGUCAGCAGGUGAUGCAGAGGACGAUGAUCACGACGACGAUGGAGACGAAGAGGUGGAGGUGGAGGUGAAGAGGAAGAAGCCAAAGAGGAAAAGGAAGUCGGCAUUUGGCAGCAAGCUGUCUGCAGACCUGCAGGCCUUCUUGGGCCAGGAGAGCAUGCCCCGCACAGAGGUGGUGAAGAAGAUGUGGGAGUACAUAAAGGAACACAAUCUGCAGAACCCCAACGACAAACGGAAGAUCAUACUGGACGACAAGCUGAAGACCAUCUUCAAAUCACCACUUACAAUGUUUUCAAUGAAUAAGCAGCUGUCGCGGCAUGUCUACGUCGACGAUUCCAUAGGGAAUGAUGAGGCGGAGGAGGAAGAGGAGGAGGAAGAUGAUGACAAGGACGAUGAUGAGGCACCCACGCCUAAAAAGGCACCCAACAAGCGCAAGACAGGGGGGGCGCAGAAGAGCGGCGACGCGAAGGAGCCCAAGAAGAGACGGGCGUCUUCCAACGGCAGCGGCGGCGGCAGCGCGCUGUCAGCACCCAUGCAGAAGUUUCUGGGCGUGGAGAGAAUGGCCCGGCCACAGGUGGUGAAGCAGCUGUGGGAGUACAUCCGGGCCAACAACCUGCAGGACCCCAACGACAAGAGGACCAUCCUAGUCGACAAGAAGCUGGGCACCCUGUUCACGAAUCCACUUACGAUGUUUACCUUAAACAAGCAGCUGACCCCGCACAUCCUGAAGGGCCAGUGACUUGUGUGGUGGAAAGCGCGGCGCCAGACUCGUGGAUAGGACGGCAUGGGAAGAUGCCUUGGAGGAGAGAUCUUAUUGUUCUUCUCUUGGACGCAAUUGAGCAUCCAACGGCUAUCUACUUCGCUCCCAUCUGUCCAGAACUAUGUGCUGCAGCAUUGACUGGUGACAAACGAGCUGGCGAGAGUUGAAAGCCAGGGUUGCUGGUUACAGCAUGCGGGCAAUUUUGAGGUGUUAAAUAGUUGUAGAGUUGAACAAGUAUCUAUUUGUACUGCUAGAUAGCUUAGCAUCCAUGCAUCUAUCGACAGUGAUUACAGUAAUCACUGUAUACUGUUGUAUGCCACCUUACGCAUGCAGCAUGAUAAUUGCCAGACUCAGGCCAGCAUUGUAUCAGCACCGCCUGUUGACAUGUUAGAAAGCAGCCAUCUGCUGGAGGUUGCUACUGAUUACAAAUUGCAGUGCAACAUGACACACGGGUCUGAAGGUGAAUCAUGCCAAAUCAAGUGCUGUAAAACUCUGACAUUAU